UUCUCGUAAUUUGAUUUCCCGCUCUAUAAACCCUAACUGCCACUGAGACUGAUUUGAGCUGAGAGGAAAAGCAAGAGCGAAUGGGGCAGAAGCAGCGGUCCAGUUCCGAUGUCGACAACGAAGUAAAGAAACGACGCCGUGUCGGCUUCUCAGGCGUAGAUGUUGGAGUUGAAGCCAAAGACUGCAUCACAAUCUAUCUAGUUUCAAGCAAGGAGGAAUUCGAUGCUCCAGAGAGUUUUGUCAUUCAUCCUGUGGAUUUGAAUAGCUUUUUUGAUGACGAUGGAAAAAUUUAUGGCUAUGAGGGUUUGAAGAUUACCAUCCGGGUUAGCAGCAUAUCUUUUUAUGCAUACGCUGAUAUUACAUUCCAGAGUUCAGCUGAUAGGGGCAAAGGAAUCACAGAUCUAAAAUCUGCUCUACAGACAAUUUUUGCUGAAACUCUUGUUGAUAGCAAGGAUGAAUUCCUUCAAAAGUUUUUGAUGGAUAAUGAUUUUGUUAGGACAACCAUAUCAAAUGGAGAAGCUCUGAAGCACAAAGCUUUUAAGGGGAACAUCUGUGAUUCUAAUCAGAAUAUGGAUUCAUCUACUCAUGUUGAGGUUGUUCGGUUGUUGGCAGGAAAAAUGGCUACUGGACAACUUUACAGUCAUCUAAUACCCCUUACACUUCUUCUUGUUGAUGGUAGCAGUCCUAUUGAUGUUACUGAUCCGCAUUGGGAGUUGUAUCUUGUGAUUCAGAAGAAAACUGAUCAGCAAGGGGAGAUCCAAUUUAGGUUGAUUGGUUUUACUGCUGUUUAUCGAUUUUUCCACUAUCCCGAUGAUUCCCGACUGCGACUAAGCCAGAUACUGGUAUUGCCUCCUUACCAGCACAAGGGCUAUGGUCGAUUCCUUCUAGAGGUCCUAUAUGAUGUUGCUAUAUCUGAAAAUGUUUUUGACUUCACAGUAGAAGAGCCAUUAGAUCACUUCCAACAUGUCCGCACUUGUGUAGACACACUUCGCCUGCUUCGUUUUGAUCCAAUUCAGAAUAUAGUUACUAAAGCUGUUUCACUUCUAAAGCAAGGAAAGUUAUCAAAGAAAACACAUUGUCCUCGACUCCUGCCACCUCCCAGUGCUAUUGAGGAUGUAAGGAAAAGUCUGAAAAUUAACAAACAGCAAUUUCUCCAGUGUUGGGAGGUUUUGAUCUACAUUGGUUUUAAUCCUGUUGACAAGAACAUGGAGAACUUUGUUAGUAUUAUUUCCAACCGUGUGAAGUAUGAUAUCUUAGGGAAAGAUUCUGGGACAUCUGGGAAACAACUUAUUGAAGUACCAAGUGAUGUUGAUCAGGAGUUGUCAUUUGUCAUGUUCAAAUCAGAGGCCAACGACACUAGUGCUGUGCAUAUGGAUGACAAUCAAGCUAAUCAAGAAGAGCAACUCCAGAAAUUAGUUCAGGAAAAGGUGAAAGAAAUACAGCUGAUUGCGGAAAAGGUAACCAUGCAUCUUGGGAGCUCAGGCGUGGCUGUUAAUUAAAUUUGUCCUCGAGAUGGCAUGGGAUGACAAGGCCGUGCAUCUAUGAUAUUGUGAUUGUUUUCCUGUGGACCAAUAGGAGUUCGUAUUUCUGGACAAUCACCCAGUAAUGUAUUUGGGUUCUUUCCUCUAAGCUGGUUUUUUAGAUUUUCUUAUCGUGAUCUGAAGGAAUCAGUGAUCAAUUAAGCUGUAAUUACUGAAACUAAACCACACAGCAAAGUUGAUUGAAUGAUAUUCAGUGGGUAUUGUCUACUUCUAAUACGUCCUGCUCGUACUGUUUUUGACGUGCACUAUUAUAUCCAAAAGAUGUGGUUUAUAGUUUCA